GUCUUCUACUACAACCAUGUCAUGAACGACAAGGGCGAUGGCCGUGGAAAAACAGUUUACUUCAAUGGGGCCAAGCUAGUGGUGGAGACCCCCAAAGAUCCUGUCUACAGCUCCAACGGUGCGAAUGUCACCCUACCCUGUCACUACCGCUACGAGCCUGACCUGGAGGCCAAGCGCAAGAUCCGUAUCAAGUGGUCCAAGCUGCGGGAUGACUACACCAAGGAGCAGGAUGUGCUAGUGGCCAUUGGCAAGACCUACGUCGCCUUCGGGGACUUCCAGGGCCGUGCUUGGCUGCAGCAGGCUGGCCGGCGGGAGGCCUCGCUAGUGGUCAGUGACCUGCGCCUGCAGGAUGAUGGCAAAUACCGCUGUGAGGUGAUCGAUGGGCUAGAGGAUGAGAGUGACGUGGUGGACCUCCGGCUGCAAGGCGUUGUCUUCCCCUACCAGCCUCCCCGCGGCCAAUACCGGCUCAAUUUCCAUGAGGCUGAGCGGGCCUGCGAGGAGCAGGGUGCUGUCGUGGCCACCUUCAGCCAGCUCUUGCAGGCCUGGAGCGAGGGGCUGGACUGGUGUAACGCAGGCUGGCUGGCCGAUGGCACAGUGCAGUACCCCAUCCGGCUGCCCCGCUGUGGCGGGGUGCCCCUCGCCCCCGGUAUCCGCAGCUAUGGCCAGCGUCACCGGCAUCUGCACCGUUUUGACGUCUUCUGCUUCUCCUCCGCGCUUAGAGGGGAGGUUUACUACUUGGAUCACCCAGCUGGGAUGACCUUGGAGGAAGCCAAGCAGGCCUGCCAGGAUGCUGGUGCCGAGAUUGCCCGCGUGGGACAGCUCUACGCUGCCUGGAAAUUCCUGGGGCUGGACCGCUGCGAUGCUGGCUGGCUGGCAGACGGCAGCAUCCGCUACCCCAUCUCCAAGCCCAGGGCCAACUGGGGCCCCGCGGAGCCUGGCGUCCGCAGCUUUGGCUUCCCCAGCACCGGCCAGUUUGGGGUCUUCUGCUACAAGGAGAGAUAAGGAGCUGCCUAGCACCCGCUUGGCCGGAGGAUGUUUCAGCCUGACGGUGCCCGGCGUUGGGUGUUUCCUGGGGCAGUUUCUGGGGAGGGGGUGUGUUGGGGGGGGGAUUUUUUUUUUUGUUUUAUUUUUGUUUUCUUGCUUUACAUUUUUACACUUCUCAAAUGCAGCAGGGCCCCAGGCUGAGGCCUCUUGCUCAGCAGCCCAGCGCUAUCCUGGCUGGGGGAGGUGGGCCAGCCUGUCCGC